AUGCCUCAAAGCAGCGGGAUGAGCCGAUACGAUCACUUCAAGGCUAUUUUCUCCAGACAUUCUAGCCCAGAGCGCGAGAUCAAGGGUGAUACAACAUCCGAAAUUACACUGGUUCCACAACAGACACAGCCAACUAGAUAUUAUAAGCGUGGCCUCCCCCAGAACUAUAAUGCUGCCGACAUGUGCUUCGGCUCUUGCUGCAGAAAUUGA